AUGCUGACGGCCCAGUGUAACAAAUUGGCCUCAAAGACACCCCCGCCCUUAGCCGACGCUGCCGUCGGGAAAGGCUUUCACCCCUGGAAGAAGGGGACGAUCGGUGGCGCCAUCGGCACGUCAGGCUCACCACCGAACUCAUCAGCGCCGGCAUCAACUCUACCUCAAAGAGUUCCUACAAUAGCUAAUAACACGACGACAACCAGUCUGACGAGUUAUCCCCAUCAGCGCCCGGUGGCCGUCACCAGCAACUGUGGCACCACCUCAUACACGAGCGACAACCUCUUCUAUCCGGGCACCGCUGUUACGUCAUGUUCGGAGAGCGGACAGACAGCCUUCCUCAACAAAAUGCACAGCGAGUCCUCGCACUUGGGCUCAAUGUAUCCCAGAGUUGGUGUCAGCGCUCAUCCCUAUGAGAACUGGCCGUUUAAUAUGAAUACUGGUCACCCAGCCAUCAAACCAGAGGUCACAUCUGUCAAUACCCUCAACUCGUCCUCGUGGUGGGACGUCCACGCGGCUCAGGCGGCCAGUGCUGCCGCCGGCGGUUGGCUCGACAUGUCGGGCACCCCUUCCCUUCACUCGCAACUGCAGACCAAUUACGCCGGUUCUGCCGACUAUGGACUCGGAUCGUCAUUAGCGGCCGCCACCACUCCGGCGCACCUGUUGUCGUCCGGACAGCACUUAUUGCAAGACACCUAUAAGACAAUGUUGCCAUCGGCUCAGACAGUCGGCGGCUCGCCCUUCGGUCUCUCGCAACCAGCUCUUCCUCAGGUGCCAUCACCCCGAUCCCAACGGCGCUACACCGGACGCGCCACAUGUGACUGUCCCAACUGUCAAGAGGCAGAGCGUUUAGGACCUGCCGGCGCUCACCUCCGCAAGAAGAACAUCCAUAGCUGUCAUAUACCCGGUUGUGGCAAAGUGUACGGCAAGACAUCCCAUCUGAAAGCGCACCUCCGCUGGCAUACCGGCGAACGACCCUUUGUCUGCAAUUGGCUCUUCUGUGGCAAACGGUUCACCCGUUCCGACGAACUCCAGAGACACUUACGCACCCAUACGGGAGAGAAGCGGUUCGCGUGUCCCGUGUGUAACAAGAGAUUCAUGCGCUCCGACCACCUGUCCAAACACGUCAAGACACACAACGGCAACGGAACCGAUGGCAAAAAGGGCAGUAGUAGU